CUGUGUCGUAGGCCCAGUCCACGGACCUCGCAAGGUCAGAGUUUCCACUCACGAGACCAAGAGGAUUUUGGGCCCAUCGACGUGCGAAGAUGUAAGGGUGACUAACAACAAGAUGUGAAAGAAUGCUGCACACGGUGAACAGCAGGAGGAUGUCUCGUCAAUGUCUCGCCGUCAUACCAUGUCAACAAUGAUGAAGCAGCCCCUUCACGACAGACGUCGUUUGGGGAUUUUUAUCGCCUGGCGAUCAGACCCUAAGCAGGGUCAUCUCGCCUGCCUAGGAAGGAGUCUAAAGUGUGGAAUUAGCAGAUUGACGAGUUGGGGAGUUGAACUGUGGUUGUUAGAUGGUGCUGGGUAUCUGGAUGCGGUCAGCGAUUUGGAAAGCUUGAGGUGGUUGACGAUCACUAGACUAAGUGACUUUUUGGAUAAAAGGGCUUUGUUUGCGUCACUAAUAUGGUGUCCAGUCUUACCGGAGAGGAGAUUGGAGCCGGAGCGUUCGCCCCCUCCCCUCAAGUGUCUCGACAGCAAAGCACCCGAUGUUAAUACAGUCAUCCUGAAUGUCCCUAAGCGCUUCGGCGCAAACACUAACUCGCAAACCUACAAAGAUUACGCAAGAGCUGCCCCGCCGUGCUCUGCUGAGACAAACUGCGAUAGCACUUACCAAAGCGGCACACAUACUUCAGAGAGGCAAUCGGGAGUACGCACUACUGCGAGAAAGCACGAUCGACCACUCCUUUUGCCCUUCCGCGUUUUGCUAAUGCUUGAGUAGAAAGCUGUGUCUGAAGGAACACUCGCGGCUUUGUCUCGCCUCUCGCUUUCUUGUCGUAGCAAACUCACCGUCGACCAUGCUCCAUUGAAUCAUCGUUCUUUCGGGACUACGCUGCUUGCUU